UUUCUAUUUCUUUUUCUUUUUGUUGUAUUUUUAUUCUCAAACCUCAAAAGGGUUUAUGGUUCUUCACGAAUCACGAUAUAUAUAUAGGAGAAAAGAAAAAAAGAUAUUUGUAUCUUGUUGUAGCCAAACCCUCUAAACAAUCUUCUCCCCAUACCUUAUCUCUCCCUGCCUAUCUUUUCUCUCUCAUGUUCUCCUCUUAAAGUCCCAAUCUUUGGGUUUCUUGAAGGCAAGCUAGAGAGAUAGAGAGAGGGAGACAGACAUGGAAGCUGUUCUACAAACGAAAGGGCUUCUCUCUCUACCUUCAAAUCCCAAGACAAGGGCUUUCCAUCUGUCACCGCAGAGGCUGAGGCAUAGACUCAACCCCUUAAAGCCCAAAUCUCUUGAUGGGUUCUCUCUAUCUCUCAAUGGGUUCUCAAAAUUUCAAGGGUUUGUAUCAAAACCUCAAGGGGUUUUUCAGCAAAAUAGAAGAUUUCACAUUUGCAGAGCUGAGGCAGCAGCAGCAGCAGCUGAUGGGCAGCCUCUAUUUGCAGAAUCAGAACCACCCAAAUUUAUGGGUAUUGAAAUUGUCACUCUCAAGAAAAUUAUACCUCUUGGGUUGAUGUUCUUUUGCAUACUCUUCAACUACACAAUCCUUAGGGACACCAAAGAUGUGUUGGUUGUGACAGCUAAAGGGUCUAGUGCUGAGAUUAUACCAUUCUUGAAAACUUGGGUUAAUUUGCCCAUGGCUAUUGGGUUUAUGCUUUUGUACACAAAAUUGGCUAAUGUGUUGUCAAAGCAAGCUCUGUUCUACACAGUCAUAGUCCCUUUCAUUGCCUUUUUUGGGGCUUUUGGGUUUGUUCUCUAUCCUCUCAGCCAUUAUUUCCACCCUACAGCUCUUGCUGAUAAGCUUCUAGCCACUCUUGGACCGCGGUUUCUAGGCCCACUUGCGAUUAUAAGGAUCUGGAGUUUCUGUCUGUUCUAUGUCAUGGCUGAGCUCUGGGGUAGUGUGGUGAUUUCAGUGCUGUUUUGGGGGUUGGCCAAUCAGAUUACUACGGUUGACGAAGCCAAAAGAUUCUAUCCUCUUUUUGGACUCGGAGCCAAUGUUGCCCUUAUUUUCUCAGGUCGAACGGUGAAGUACUUCUCUAAUUUGAGAAAAAAUUUGGGUCCUGGAGUUGAUGGUUGGGCCGUCUCCUUGAAAGGAAUGAUGAGCAUUGUGGUGGUGAUGGGAUUUGCAAUCUGUUUUCUUUAUUGGUGGGUGAAUAAUUACGUUCCUCUUCCAACCAGAAGUAAGAAGAAGAAGGAGAAACCGAAAAUGGGGACAAUGGAGAGUUUGAAGUUCUUGGUGUCUUCAAGCUACAUUAGGGAUCUUGCCACUUUGGUGGUUGCGUACGGUAUUAGUAUCAAUCUUGUUGAGGUCACAUGGAAAUCAAAGCUCAAAGCUCAGUUUCCAAGCCCAAAUGAAUACUCGUCCUUCAUGGGUGACUUUUCAACUUCGACUGGUAUAGCGACUUUCACAAUGAUGCUGCUAAGCCAAUGGAUAUUUGACAAAUAUGGAUGGGGAGUUGCGGCCAAGAUCACACCCACAGUCUUGCUUCUCACAGGAGUUGGCUUCUUUUCUCUAAUUUUGUUUGGUGAUCCUCUUGCACCCGGUCUUGCGAAAUUCGGAAUGACUCCACUUCUAGCAGCUGUAUAUGUGGGUGCAAUGCAGAAUAUUUUCAGCAAGAGCGCCAAGUACAGCUUGUUUGAUCCUUGCAAAGAAAUGGCCUAUAUUCCUUUAGAUGAGGAAACCAAGGUUAAAGGAAAGGCUGCCAUUGAUGUUGUCUGCAACCCGCUAGGGAAGUCCGGAGGUGCUCUGAUCCAACAGUUUAUGAUCUUAACUUUCGGGUCACUCGCAAACUCAACCCCUUACCUUGGAGGCAUACUUUUGGUGAUUGUUCUUGCGUGGUUAGCGGCUGCCAGGUCUUUGGAUACCCAAUUCACUGCAUUGCGUCGCGAGGAAGAGAUUGAGAAGGAGAUGGAAAGAGCAGCUGUGAAAAUCCCGGUUGUGGCUGAUGAAAAAGAAAGCGGGAAUGCCUCUCUUGUGAGUGGUCCAGCACUGAAUCCAUCAGGAGGUGACCCCCCAAGCACUUCAUCCGAAAGCUCAUCAACCCUUCGCAAUUUAUGAAAAAAUUUAAAUUCAUUUGUUACAAAACGGCAGUAACCGAUAAGAUGAGAAGGUACCGUUAAAUGCUUUGUUGGUCGUAGGAUUUUGCUUUAUAGAAAUAAUUAGAACUUGUUGGUUUGUAUGAUUUUGCUUUCGUUGUAAAAAAUAAUCAGAACCAACAUCAGUUGAUAUUGUUCAUUUUAAGUUCGCCCUAGUUGAAUUGUAGACUGUAUUGGUAAUA